AUGGAACAGGAACAGACGCAGGGUCUCGAGAUUCGGUCCCCUAAUUCGAUAUCAUCAUCCAAGUAUGUGAUAGGGCGUCAAAUGUAUGCCAGCAGGCCGGUGGGUCAGGUGACAGUAGGUCCCCGUGACAAUUCACUGCCGAUCAUCUCUUAUACCGGGUGGUUCGAAGAACAGACCUGGGAGGAGUUCGUUGGGGAAGUUCUCAGUGUCAUGCUUGGCCAGCUGGCAAAAACUCUUACCGUUCACAAGCACAGCCAGGGAUUGCAGGAUCAGGAGGUCUUCGUGGUUGGCUUCCAUGGCCCUCAAAUUUACAUUGCCCGUGGGCAUUUUCCUACUGAUGAAAUCAGCAGAGUGCAUUCAAAAGGGAUAUCGGGCAACGAAUUUUUCGAGCUGGAAUUUACAAGAGGGUAUAAUCCUUGCGAGAGGGAUGAUUGGCUAGAGGCUAUGCGGGCGCUGACAAGGCUGUUUCGAUACCUCCUAAGUGGGACUUCAAAGGUUGGCGCCAUGCAAGUUUAUUUGUCAAAAUCUGCCACCACGGCGGAGGGCUCAUGA